UUUGUGCCCGUGAUCAGCCUUGAGAGAGCCAGAGCAUUGAUGGAUCAGCUGGAGUUCAACUCACACACUUCAGUCAGAACAAGAAGUUUAUCUGCAGUCACAAAUAUAGAGAAAAGAAGUUGUACAAAUAGCUGAAGGUGCAGCAGCCAGUGUUCCUCAUCCUUUAGCUUAUGUGGAUGGCAACAUUCACUAUCAGUUUCACACAACUUGAGUUUGGCAACUUUUCCAUCACGGCCAAUAACUUUAGACAAAAAAAAAGGUGACUUAUCAGGUGAUUCCAGUCUCAGAUCAGUGACUGAAGAGUAGAGGUGAAGUCGAAGGGCAAGUUAAUGUGGUCUCUACAUCCAACCUCACUGGAUCCCAGCAGUAAUGAAGACGGUCCUGCUGGAGAAGAUACUGGAGAGAAGAUGGCCGUGUCUAUACAGACAGCAGCUGGCCCUACAUUCACACAAACAGCAGGUCAGUUCUACGUGAUGAUGACUCCUUCAGAUGUUCUGCAUUCUGCCUCUCAGCAGACUAUAGCUCCACGCACACAUAUGUACACUGUGAAAAUGGACAGUCCGCUGCGCACUCCUAGAGACGAGAGGAGAAGAGCACAACAUAAUGAAGUUGAAAGGCGACGGCGAGACAAAAUCAACAACUGGAUUGUGGCGCUCUCAAAAAUCAUCCCAGACUGCAGCAUAGACGGCACCAAGAUUGGUGGGAGUAAAGGUGGGAUCUUGUCAAAGGCGUGUGAUUACAUUGGCGAGCUGAAGCAACAUAACCAGUGGCUGCAGGAGAGUUUGAGCGGAGUGGAGAGAGUGCAGAUGGACAAUGAGCUGCUCAGACAGCAGUUAGAGGAGCUCGAGAGCGAGAAUGCCCUUCUGCAAGCACUGCUGGACCAUCAUGGUAUUGACACGUUCACAGACGCCCCGGCACAAUGAGCCUCAGGCAUUCUGGGAAAGAGAUUCUGGCCAAUCCAGAUGAAAAAAGGCCCUCAGAGAAUGACAUCGACUGAAGUGGGCCGAAUGACACACGCUGGCUUGUGCUCAAGAGUCUGUCUCAGUGACUGGAUCAUCUUCAGCGCUGGAUGUCUGAUAUAGUCUGAUAUAUGUCUGAUAUAGUCACACUUGCUGCAGAUGAGGUCAAAGGUCAAGAAGAUUCCAUUAGAACCAACACCAGGAGCCCAUAAUCCUAAAAGGGGCUAUUUAUUCUUCCUAACUAACUUCCAACUAAACAGUGGAAUAUAGUUUAGACAGCUUUCAUUAUGUUUUUUUGUUUUGUUUGUUUUCUCCGCUCUAUAAUAUACCCCAGACAUUUUCCUUUUGCUUUUCCUAAUUUUCCAGCUUUGUUGCUUUCAAUUUUGUCUUCAUGCUUUACUUGAAGUAUUAGUUGUUUGUUCCCUUCAUUUAAAAUUCUCCCGGAGAAAAUCUGCCGCUUUGUGGUGUUUCGGAAGGUCGUUACGGGAUGAAUGAAGCCGUGAUGAAAUGUCAUUAGCGGUUCCAGUGAGAUUUAGUGUUAAAAUCGGAACAAAAGCACCUGCACGUACUGAAAACCCACUGAAAGAAAGCUCUGAUGCAAGAAAAUGAGCUCUGUCUGGGAUUAUUAGCUUCUUAUCUCGGAUCGCCUCCGGAAGACUGUUCGGAAAGCAUCUCAGAAGCAAAUGAGAAAAUGUUCACAAAGCUGUCGAGGAUGCUUUGGAGCUAAAUGCUGGACAUCUCAGGACUGAAGAAAUGUUUGUGAUUGUGUGUUAGAGGUUUAUUCCGUUACCUUAACCUAAUCGCCAGGUCCAAAAGCCCUGAAAUUGUCUUGGUUCCUCAAAAGUUAUGGUUUUGUUCUUAGUUUACUUGGUUGAAAGUGCCUGAACUUUUUGUGUCAUAUUUAUAUAAAGAGUUUUGUUCCAAACUGUUAUUUUUCUUCAUAAUUCAAGUCAUUAUUCAUUGAUUAACCAUUGCUCUAAAAUCAAAUAUGGCGGCAAGAAACGUGAAAACCAAUGAAGUUUCCAUGUUUGAUUUAAAA